AUGUCUUCAUUAGAGAAUGUCUUUUAUAUCCAAGCUGGACUUGGAGUCCUAGCCAAUAUGUUUCUCCUUUUUUUCUAUACUUCCAUAAUACUGGGUGAGAGACCUAAGCCCAUGGACCUGAUCUCCUGUCAACUGACCUUCGUUCACAUAAUGAUGAUCCUCAGUGAAGGAGAUAACUUGCUUGCAAACAUAUUAGAGUCACUAAAAUUAGGGAAUAACAUCAAAUGUAAGACAACUUUUUACAUAAACAGAGUGAUGAGAGGUCUUUCUAUCUGCGUCACCUGCCUCCUGAGUGUGUUUCAGGCUAUCACCAUCAGUCCUAGUACCUCCUUUUUGGGAAAAUUUAAGAAUAAAGUAAAAACACGCAUCAUCUAUGCUUUUUUCUAUUUUUGGUCUUUUAAUUUGUCAUUUAGUAGUAGGUUGAUCUUCUAUGUUGCUGGUUUUAUCAAUGUGAGUGAGACCCACCAGAUGAAGGUCACUAAAUCCUGCUCACUCUUCCGAAUGAACUACAUCAUUAGGGAAUUGAUUUUAACAGUGAUAAUCUCCAGAGAUGUGUUUCUUGUAGGAGUCAUGUUGACUACAAGCACAUACAUGGUGGUUAUCUUGUUCAGACAUCAGAGGCAAUGCAAGCAUCUUCAUGGCAUCAACCACCUGAGGGCCUCCCCUGAGAAAAGGGCCACCCAGACCAUCUUGCUGCUGCUGGUUUUCUAUGUGGUCAUGUACUGGGUGGACUUGAUCAUCUCCAUGACCUCAACCCUGUCAUGGAUGUAUGACCCAGAUGUUCUGACUGUACAGAAAUUUGUGAUGUAUGCCUAUCCCACAAUUACUCCUUUAGUACAAAUCAGUUCUGAUAAGAGAGUAAUCAGUAUACUGAAAAACUUGCACUCCAAGUGCCACUAA